AUGCCGCCGGAUCGUUUUGAGGUUCAGGCGGUGCGUGAGGAGGGGCCGGCGGCAAUCGACAGUUUUGGCUUUUAUCUGCUUGACGAGGAUGCCCCACCCGCACCUGGCGGCCCGCCGCUGAGCGACGAUCGGGCCGCCCGGGCGCGUGAGGAAGAGUUCUGGUUGAGCCGCAUCUGCUGCUACAUGCGGCUUGCGCUUGAGUUGCAGCGACGCGGAAACACGGCAGGCAGCUGCAGUGAACAUGAUGCGGAGGAGCAGGCGGCUCUCGCGAAGGCCCAGCGGCGAGUUUUUAGUCAAAUGCGGCGCCGCAUACUUCUUUUUGGUGGCGUUCGGCAUGAAACUCUGCGUCGUUUGCUGUGGGGCUUUUUCACUGGGUCGUUGCAACGCCCGGAGAGUGUGGUGCGUGCCCACCAUGCGACGUAUGUCUCUCUCAAGAGCUCUCCGCCGGACAAAAAGACUGUUGAGGCAAUUCAGAGAGACUUGAGUCGCACGUUCCCGACGCACUGUCUCUUUGUUGGGGAGGGGUCUGUGGGGCAGGUGGAGCUGCGUCGCAUUCUCUCUGUUUAUAGCCGCCUUGACCCCGCUGUGGGAUAUUGUCAGGGCAUGGCCUUCGUUGUGGCGAUGCUUUUGCUGCACGCCCCAGAGGAGGAGGCGUUUGGGAUGCUUCUACAUCUCUUCUACUCCCCGCCGUUCCUGAUGCGGGAGAUGUUUCUUCCCGGGUUCACGCGACUGCGGGUUUUCCUGGCUGUGCUCCGCCGCCUUAUCGAGCGUCUAUUGCCUGCGUUAAACCGACAUUUUCUUGAUAUUGGCUUAAAUGUCUUUUUUUUCGCGCCGCAGUGGUUUCUCACCCUUUACACAUAUCACUUCCCCCUUGACUUUGUCUGCCGGCUGUGGGAUAUCUUCCUUGUGGACGGCUGGCGGGUUCUGUUUCAAGCCGCCAUCGCCAUCCUGCAGGGGGAACAGGAACAACUUCUUUCACUUGACAUGGAGGCAACGCUGCUUUGGCUUAAAGAGUGCCAUGAGGGAAGAUCCGCGGAUGAAAUGAUACACCGCACCCGCAACGUCCCUUUUUCACAGGGGGAGUUUCUCUCGAUGCUGCACGCCGAGGAAGAGACGAAGGACGACGAGGCAGAUGUCCAUUUCGGUCACAGCGAGUGA